AUGUAUCCAUCUUACAAAGUAUGGAGUCCAAACUCUGUGAACAGGACCGAUUUGCGAUGUCCGUCAGAUUGUUAUAAAAAACACCCAGAUGAUGUUCAUCAUUGUUGUGUUUGCAGAGCUAUACCCGAAUGGCGUUUAUCGUAUAACUACACACUGUUGGCACUAGAGUAUACUAAUCGCGAUGGCUCUGCAAUAGUUAUUGGUGAUAAACAUAAUUUUCUUCCUGAUAUUCUAAACCAUCGGGAUGGAUAUCUCCAAAGACUGCCAACGAAUCUUUGCGAUUUUACUAACAUCCGGGAAAUUGAUCUCAAGAGGAAUAAGAUAAGUACAAUAGGCGAUAUUUCAUGUUUGUCCAAAUUAGACAAAUUAGACUUAAGUUAUAACAAAAUAUCUGAGAUAUAUAAUGAUACAUUUUCUACGUUGACACACUUGCGUAUACUUACACUUACACACAAUGGACUUACAAAGCUGGACCCGUUUUCAGUUGCUGGAACAUCAUUGUCAAUAGGUCAUCUGGAUUGUUCAUGGAAUAAUCUAACAGAAAUUGACAUAAGCAAUAUUAUUCCAGAAAAUGAUUUCUGCGAAUACAAAUUUACUUCCAAUAAAAUCACUCAAAUUGUAAAUAACGGUGGAUUUACACUUAAUCUCGAUAAAAUUUACGAAGGAGGACUGGUUGAAUUGACUGGUAACUUAUUUACCAAAUUUAUUGAUUUUGAGGAAUUAGGAAUUAAAGACAUUAAAGUUUUAGGUAAAUUAAUGUCAUUUGGAUUUGUAUUAAGUGAUGCAAAGUUUGACUGCGACUGUCAUAUGGAACCAUACUUGGAACUAGCGGAGCCAAUUUUGAAAACGAUAUGGCGGGACUAUUUUAAUAUGUCGUGCUGGAAUCCACUUGAAUAUCGGGGAUUAUCAAUUCCAAAUCUAGUUUUAGAAAAAAAGUUAGAUUUAUUAAUCUGUAAUAUAACCGAGAAAUGCAAAUGUCCAAGACAUUGCAGAUGCUACUAUCAGCCACAUAAACAAACGACAAUAGUCAACUGUACAGACGUAAAUCUAGAAUUUUUACCCGAAUACGUUCCGGAGGCAUCAAACUUGACUCUUUUAUUUAAAAAUAACAAAAUUAAAAAAAUAGAGACACGUGACUAUUUCGCAAACGCAACUUUUAUAGACAUAUCUGGUAAUGGAUUUAAUGAAGUAGAAAAAAAUGUCAGUAUACAAAUUCGCAAUGAUAUCAAAUUCCUAAUGCAGGAUCAUAAUCUUCAUGAUAUACCUAGAGGUUUUCAAUUACUAAAUCCUUGUUUUGCACAAAUUGGCAGAGCAGAAAUAAAGUGCGAGUGCAAACAUAUGUGGAUAAAAGACUGGCUUCAUAAUAAAAACGCAGCUAAAUGUGAAAAUAAAACGUUAGUUAUUUGCGUUAAAGAUAGUGGUCAAAUUCCAAUGUUGUCCAUAAACAGGGAUGAUUUAUGCGUGACCUCAAUUAUUACAUAUCAAACUCUGUCGAUUAUAUUGUGUGUUUUAUCAAUUUUAAUGUUUGUUGUAUCUGUUAUAUUAUACUACUACCGGUAUGAAAUAUACCUUUUAGUUCGGCAUAUAAAAUCAAAGUCAAACAAGAUCAGUGUGAUAAAUAAAUAUGACGUCUAUUUUUCAUUUGACGAUGACAACCCCUUUUUAAGAUAUUGGGUUUUUAAUUUUUUGGAUUUGAAACUUAAACAGGCAGGCUACCGGAAUUUUAUUCCAUGUCGAGAUACAUUACCUGGAGCAGUACAUGAAGAAAAUAUGAUAAAUAAAAUCACUAAUAGUAGGAAUUUCCUUAUAAUACUAAGCAAAACGUACGAAGACGACGACAAUAUUUGGAUGAAAUUAGAAUGGAAAUACAUUUGGCACCACUUCUAUAAUAAUAGAGAUCGCAGAAUAGUAAUUAUUAAUUAUGACCUUAUAGAUCGCCCUGUUGACUUGAAGCUCAAAGCAUUCAUCAGACUCGGUUUAGAUGUAGACUUUGCUAAUAGAAGACAUAUUCUCAUGGAUGAGGUAAAAUUAAGACUCGGGCUACCGUAUUGUGCUCAGCAAAUUUAUAUAAAAAAUUCAAAACCCAAAUUUAUAUCGUCCAAACUUUCAGUCUUUCGACAAGGAGAAAAGUAUGAAGAAAAUCAUAAAAGUAAACUAGCAAUUAUCAGUUCUUCCUCGGUAUGUUUGGAAGAGGUGAUAUGACUAAAAACAUAUUAUGAAGAAGCUCAUUAUU